UCCUGGAAGUUUUGUCUGCAGCUGUUUCCCCCUUGCCAGACUCUGAGCGCUGACUCUGAGCGAGCAGACCACCGGAGAAGCGUUUUCUAGCUUCCUAGCUCCAUCAUUAAGCCUCGGAAUAUAGUCUUAUGCCAGAGAGCAGCACGUAAGGUCCUGGUACUUGAGUGGAUAAUUCCCAACCUGUCUCUCUGUUCACCGUGUCUUUUCCACAUUAACCCUGCGUCACCAUGGUGUGCCCCUGUGGCCUGCUAACCCGCCAGGAGGAGCCAGUACCACUGAAGAGCAUCUCUGUGACCUUGUCCAUUUGUGAGUUUGUGGCUGGCGUGUCUGCAACCUUAAACUAUGAGAAUGAGGAGAAAGUUCCUCUGGAGGCCUUCUUUGUGUUUCCCAUGGAUGAAGACUCAGCUGUCUAUAGCUUCGAGGCCAUGGUGGAUGGGAGUAUAAUUAAAGCGGAAUUACAGGACAAGACAGAGGCACACGCCAACUAUGAGAACGCCAUCAGCCAGGGCCACCAAGCCUUCCUACUAGAGGAGGACGACUGCUCCAGGGAUGUCUUCUGUUGCAACGUGGGGAACCUCCGCCCUGGGUCGAAGGUGGCGCUCACCCUCAAGUACGUGCAGGAGCUGCCCCUGGAAGCAGAUGGGGCUCUGCGCUACGUGCUCCCAGCGAUCCUGAAUCCUCGCUACCAACUCUCCGGAUGCCCUGAGGACAGCUGCCUUACAAUGAAGACUCCUGUGGUCCCUCUGGAGGACCUGCCCUACACAAUCAGCAUGGUUGCCACUGUCAGUUCCCAGCACGGCAUCGAGAGGAUUCAGUCCAAUUGCUCCUUGAGUCCUAUUGAGUACCUGGGGGAUAAUAAGACUUCUGCUCAGGUUUCCUUGGCUGAUGGACACAAAUUUGAUCGAGACGUGGAACUCCUGAUUUAUUAUAGUGAGGUGCAUGCCCCCAGCGUAGCCGUGGAGAUGGGGGAACCUGAAACAAAGCCAGAUAGUUUGUUGGGAGACCCAGUUGCAAUGGUGAGUUUCUACCCAAAUAUCCCAGAAGCUCAGCCAUCAGCUGCCUGUGGAGAAUUUGUCUUCCUCAUGGACCGUUCAGGAAGUAUGCAAAGCCCCAUGAGUAACCAAAACAAAUCUCAGCCACGCAUCGAGGCAGCCAAGGAAACACUCAUUUUGAUUCUGAAGAGUUUGCCUAUUGGCUGUUAUUUCAACAUCUAUGGAUUUGGAUCUUCUUUUGAGGCAUUCUUUCCGAAGAGCGUGAAGUACGAUCAGCAUACCAUGGAGGAGGCACUGAGGAGAGUUAAGCUUAUGCGGGCUGACCUAGGGGGUACGGAAAUGCUGGCGCCACUCCAGGCCAUUUAUGGAGGACCGUCCAUCCCAGGCCACCCCCUACAGCUAUUUGUGUUCACAGACGGAGAAGUUUCCGACACGUUUAGGGUAAUUAAAGAAGUUGAGAGCAAUGGUCAGAAGCACAGAUGUUUUUCAUUUGGUAUUGGAGAAGGAGCCUCCACCAGCCUAAUAAAAGGCAUUGCCCGGGUAUCACAGGGCGCUUCGGAAUUUAUCACAGGCAGGGAGAGGAUGCAGUCCAAGGCUCUUAGAGCCCUGAAACACUCUCUGCAGCCUGUGGUAGAGGAUGUUUCUCUGAGCUGGGAUUUGCCUCAAGGUCUAUCUGCUAAAAUGCUUUCCCCAGAACAGACUGUCAUCUUUAAGGGUCAGAGAUUAAUCGUCUAUGCCCAGUUGACUGGGAUGAUGCCGCCAGCAGAGGCAACAGGAGAUGUUUGUCUCAAGUACGCGCUCCAGGGCAAGAGUUUUGAGAAUAAGGUGGCAUUUUCUCUACAACCCAAGCACGAUGCCAACCUCACCAUUCACCGACUUGCAGCCAAGUCCUUUCUCCAGACCAAGGACAUGGGCUUCAGGGAGACUCCAGCAAGUGAUAAAAAAGAUGUGUUGAAAGUCAGUAUUGAGUGUGGAGUCAUAAGCUCCUACACAGCUUUCAUUGCCAUCAACAAGGACCUCAACAAACCAGUUCAGGGGCCACUGGUUCGCAGGGACAUUCCAAGGCCAUUUAUAUUCUGUGCGGCAUUGAUGCCACGGCUCCGUGGAGGUGGUGCUCCUUUAGAGGCCUCCUCCUGUCCUGAUGUCCUUCAGCCCAGGAUGAGCACUCAUUACUUGGGACCAGACAAACCCCAUGCUCUUGGUCAUAAAAAAAAGAAGGAAGGCGUGUUUCUCCAAAAGACCUGUCUUAUGAUGGACAGGCCUCAUCCUCCCACCAACAGGACCAACCUGGAAAUUCACCAACCAGUCUUUGAAGAUAAUCACCUUGUGCAGCUGAUUUCCCUCCAAAAGGCAGAUGGUUCCUGGGAUCUGAAUGAAGGUCUGGCCUUGGUCCUGGGUAUGAAGCUGGAAGAUAUACAGGCUGCACUCCCCCUCAAGAAUGCAGAUUCCUCCAGCUGGGCCACAGUCCUGGCCGUGCUCUGGCUGCACGCCAAUGGUAAGCCCAUGAAGUGUGAGUGGGAGCUUCUGGAGAGGAAAGCUGUAGCCUGGAUCCACCUCCAUGCAGGCUCUGCCAGGCAGGUGCUCGUGCAAGCUGCCAUCACUUUCCUGAAGUCUCCUGUGGAUCCUGCUGUCUUUGCCCUCUGAGGACACCGUCCAGAAAAACAAGUGCCUCUCCUCUGCUACUGUCCUCCCAUUACCCUCUCUUCUGCUGCGGUUUUUGUAUUUUGCACCUGUCCUGUUGGUUUCUUGUCAUAAAAGCAGUGGGUGCCCAGCGCACCUUACCUCUCUGUUCCAGGUUCCACUGGGAUGAGAGCUUCCUUUUUGCAGCAUGUGUGCUCAGCCAAGUGUCUCCUUUUCUUGGAGGAGCUCAAAGCAUUCGCAGGCAGUAAUGUUCCUCCUUGGUUUUCUAGAAUGACAACAUGAAAAGCAGGUGACGUGGACUCCAGACUCAAGGUUGCAGCCUUGAUGUUCAGGGAAUGCCUGGAUGAGAGAAUUCUCUGCAUUUUAUUUGUCUGUUUAUUUUUGUUCUUAUAUACUUAUCAGGACGAGACUGGUGAGCUACACAGUUUUCUAUUUUUAGAUAGGAGGGGAGGUAGAAAGCCAACUUCAGGGUCAGUAUCACCUUACGAUCACAAGGGGUCCACUGUGAGGGUCAGCACAGUUGGGGGCCUUCCUGACUGAUUCUUCGUGGGCUUUGCUGGCCUGGGCUACACGCCUUUCCUCCCACGGCCUAAGGGACUUGGGUUGAAUUAAACCUGAUGGAGACAGUUUUUCCUUAAUCAUUAAACGUCUUAGUAAGAAGGCAAUAAUGGACUCCUGAGUCCGAGCCUGAGCCCAUGAGGCUUCUACGUCAGGAUUGACCUUGCAUAAAAAAGGAAAAAGCAGACUGAAUGGCAGUUUUGCCUGAGGCCUAAACUGAGACUACUCAGCCCAGGAGGAAGGAGCUCCCCGUGUUCCUGACGCUUAAGUCCCACAUACUCUGAGUGGAAAUGGCCCUGUUUGCUCAUUGUCCCCUAAAAUACUGCUGUAUCGGUGUUAACAUGGCCCUCUCUGCAGUGCACCUGGUUGUAUCUGGUCUCUUACGGAUUUACCGAUUGAACCUGUGCUGGUUUUAUCACCCCUUGUUUUCCCUCCCAACUUGUCUGACGCCUCCACUGUUCACACGGUGUCCUCUCCCCGUACCUUCUGUGGGAGCCUGAUUCCAUCUUAUGUGAGGCAAGUAAAGGGCUCGGGUCAGAAAAACACAGUUGGAAUCCUGACCACUUAUUUAAAUAGGUGAUAAAGGGCGGACGAUGUAACCCUCAUGACCUUAGUAUCCCCACCUGUAAAAAGGGGUUAAAUUAGAAUUCUGUUCUCUUUCCUCUUGAAUAAUCUAGAAUCUGGAGCAGGACCUCCGUGUCUGUUCACUAAGGUAGAGGAGGUCCUGGAGCUGCGUUCUGUUAAGCUGGGGAGUGAAGUGGCAUUAGGAAGAGUUGCCUGACUUGCACAGUGGAGCCUGAUCUCCCAAGACUUUCUUCCAGGUUUACUUAGGACUGAGCGCGACCUACGGAACAGGGCUGUGGCAUCCCCUGGAAGCUUGUUGGAAAUGCAGACUUUUAGGCAACCCCAAGAACUACAGCAUCAAAGUCUGCAUUUGACAAGUCUCCAGGUGACUUGAGUGCACAUUAAACUUCGAGAAAUGAGGGCUUAGUCUUUUCAUACCCAGCCCCGUGUCCAAGUCUGCCAUCUAGAUCGUCCCUAACGAUGCAAUGACGGAAGAGACACUUCCUAAGGACCAUGAAACUUGGCACAAAAUGAUGGCUCUUUACAUUCAUCAUGCAGAGCAACUGUUAAUACAUUUAUCGCUCAUCUCCCCUUUCCCCCAGCGUCCAGACUAGGCUAGGGCUUAGGGACUUCUAAAGCAAAAGACAUAACAAAGAACGGUCUUACUUCUGUCUUCUUUAAAAUGCAGGAUCAACUAGUUUUAAAGUAGCAUGGUUUUAUUUUCCCAUUUGAGCUCUCGUGCUGUAAAAUGUUGUACCAACUAUAAAAUCCUCAGAUCUAAACAAGUGUCGGUCUUCAUAAUCAACAAAUAUGUUUUGGCUCAUUCACUGAAGGCCACGUUAAAGGCUGGCACUUCAUGUUUUAGGAAAAUGUAAAGCACCAUCUGUACUUUUUGGAACUGGUGCUCUGGGCAUGAAGCCCAGGAGAGAAGCUGCUCUCGGCUCCCAUUGGUUGUCCUCACCCUGUCUCCUGGCUGCUGCAGACUUGGCCACAAGAAGGAUGGCAGAUAACACACAUUGCCUCAAGGCCCUCCCACGCAGACUGAGCCCACUGCCUUCAGCGCAGGGUACCCUGUUCUACACAGACUUGUUAAUGAAACUCAUUGCCUACUUCCCCCAGUUCCAACACCGUCAUGCUGGGGGUCAUGUGCUGUUUCCUUCCCAUCUCAGCCACUGCUUCCUUAAAAACAGUCCAUCUGCUUGAAGCAUCUGAUUGACAGGAAAAACAAAAACUCCGUGCAACGCCCUAUCUAUUGGUUUUCCUUUCAGUUCUACCAGUUUUUGCCUCACAUAUUUUGAUGUUCUCUUGUUAGGUGCAUAUACAUUUAGGACUGUAUCUUCUUGGAGAAUUGAUGACACUUACCAUUAUGUAAUGGUCACCUUCAUCCUUGAUGAUUUUGUGAUCUUAAAUCUGCUUUGUCUAGAAUGAAUACAGUUACUCCAGCUUUCCUUUGAUUAGUGUUAGCAUGAUAUUUAGCUUUCUGCAUUCCUUUACUUUUAACCUAUUCAAGUCUUUAUAAUUAAAUUGGGUUUCUUGUAGAUUACAUAUACUUGGGUCUUUCUGUAAAAUCUAUUUUGAUCAUCUUUAAAGUUUAGUUGGUGUUUUUAUAACCAUUCAUAUCUGAUUAUUGAUAUCACUGGAUUAAUAACUACCAUGUUUGUUUCCUAUUUGUUACCUUUGUUUUAAAAAAUUUUCCCUGAUUUUGCUUUUGUUUUAAUUAAAUAUUUUAUGUGAUUUCAUUUUAUCUCUGCUCUUAACUUAUCAAUUAUAUUUCUUUAUGUGUAUAUAUAUAUAUAUAUAUUAGUUGUUGCCCUAGAAUUUGUGAUAUAUAUUUAAAACUAAUCAUUAAGUCCACCUUCAAAUAACACUAUCCCACGUUACAUGUAGUUCAGGUAACUUAUAACAGUUUUCCUAAUCCUUCCAUCCUGUUCAUUAUGGCAUUCCACUUGUUGAAGGAAACAAACAAAAGCAAGUUAAAAAGAUACUAUGAAAGGUGGCGGUAAGAGCUCUAACGAAAGUCAAGUUAGGAAAAGUGAGAUGUCAUAUGGCAUUGGUGGAGGGCUUUAAAUCUCAAAACGGUAUUUAUGAAAGGCCUUAUGUAAUUUGAAUUGACUAAAUGUAAAGAAAUUAACCACACUGAUAUCUGGGAAAAGGCAGAAGAAAUAGCAAGUGCAGAAUCCGGGGCAGUGAAGUGUUCAGGGUACUAAAUAACCAGGCAGGAGGCCAGUGCUACUUAACCAGUGACAGACAUUGAUGAAAGAUUUUAUCAGAAAGGAGCAAGGGGCCAGAUCAUGUAGUGUCUUACAGGUCAGCAUAAGAACUUUUGGUUUUGAUAACCCUAAAAUAUUACGAGCAGAGAGGCACCAUGACAUGAUUCACUUACAUUUUAAAAGAAUUUUUCUCACCUCACUGAAGAUGAUAAACUGUCAAGUUACAGCAAGAAAGAUGCAUGAAUAUUGUUGCCAUAAGUGCAAACAGUGGGAUAGUGCAAAGUGAUUUCAUUCUGGAUGUAUUCUGAAGGUAGAGCUCGUAGGAUUGGCAGGCAGAUGGACUGCAUUUAGAGUGGAGGAAAAGGAGAGGAUAGAAAGAUGACUUCAAGAUAUUUCAUCUGAGCAGCUGGAAGAUUUGAGUUUUCACUUACUAAGAUAAAGAUGGCUGUGGGAGGAGAAACUUGGAAGGGAAAAUCAGGAGUUCCUCUCUGGUUGCUGUCAGUUUGAGAUGCUCACUAGACAUCUAGGUGGAGAUGAAAGACGCUGGAUACAUGAGUCUAGAAUUCAGGGGAAAAGUCUGGGCUAGAAGUAUAAAUGCGUGCGUGUAGAUGGGAGUUAGCACUGUGAGAACGGGUGAGAGCAGGGCGGGAAUGGAUACAUACAUAAAAAGCUUAGAAGCUGAACCCUAGGGCAGUCCAGCAUUUAGAGGUCGGAGCAAUGAUGAAGUGAGAUGGAAAGAUAGAUCCAAGAAAAAGUAUGUAUCUGGGAGCCAAAUAUAAUAAGUAGUGAAAAAAAAAAGAACAGAGUAAACUACUUCAAUAUAUGGUUUGG